CUCUGAACCCUUCUCAUCAGCAGCCUCCUGUCCCUCCCUCAUUUACUCAAUAAGCAGCAGACCAGCUCCCUUGGGCUCCUGGCCUCCCACCAAAUGCUCUGUGCCCAACUCCCCACCUGUGCAGGGCACCAUGACUCCCAUGAGGACCCAGCACUCGUUGGCCGGUCAGACCUUCACAGUGCCCCUCAUCCAGCCGGAGCUGCGGCGAGAAGAGGCCAUUCAGCAGGUGGCGGAUGCCCUGCAGUACCUACAGAAGGUCUCUGGAGAUAUCUUUAGCAGGAUCUCCCAGCGAGUAGAGCUGAGCCGGAGCCAGCUGCAGGCCAUUGGGGAGAGGGUCUCCUUGGCCCAGGCCAAGAUUGAGAAGAUCAAGGGCAGCAAGAAGGCCAUCAAGGUGUUCUCCAGUGCCAAGUACCCAGCUCCAGAGCGCCUGCAGGAGUACAGCUCCAUCUUCAUGGGUGCCCAGGACUCUGGACUGCAGAGACGCCCCCGGCACAGGAUCCAGAGCAAACACCGGCCCCUGGACGAGCGGGCCCUGCAGGAGAAGCUGAAGUACUUCCCUGUGUGUGUGAGCACCAAGCCAGAGCCUGAGGAUGAGGCCGAGGAGGGGCUCGGGGGUCUCCCCAGCAACAUCAACUCCGUCAGCUCCUUGCUGCUCUUCAACACCACUGAGAACCUGUACAAAAAGUAUGUCUUCCUGGACCCCCUGGCUGGUGCUGUAACAAAGACCCAUGUGAUGCUGGGGACAGAGACAGAGGAGAAGUUAUUCGAUGCCCCUUUGUCUAUCAGCAAAAGAGAGCAGCUGGAGCAACAGGUUCCAGAGAACUACUUCUAUGUACCCGACCUGGGCCAAGUACCUGAGAUCGACGUGCCGUCUUACCUGCCCGACCUGCCAGGCAUCGCUGAUGACCUCAUGUACAGUGCCGAUCUGGGCCCUGGCAUUGCCCCCUCUGCCCCUGGCACCAUUCCAGAGCUGCCUACCUUCCACACAGAGGUGGCCGAGCCUUUCAAGCCAAACCUAGAAGAUGGGGUGCUAACACCACCCCCACCACCGCCUCCCCCAGCUCCAGCAGUGCUGGUCAGCGCCCCCCCACCCCCACCGCCCCUGCAGACUGUGGCCUCUCCAGGUCAGGGCUCUGAGGAUGAGCACAGCACGUCUCCUUCAGCUCCAGUCCAGGGGGCUCCCAAGGAAGUGGUUGACCCCUCCAGUGGCCGGGCCACUCUGCUCGAGUCCAUCCGCCAGGCUGGGGGCAUCGGCAAGGCCAAGCUCCGCAGCGUCAAGGAGCGUAAGCUGGAGAAGAAGAAGCAGAAGGAGCAGGAGCAAGUGAGAGCCACAGGCCAAGGUGGGGACCUGAUGUCGGAUCUCUUCAACAAGCUGGUCAUGAGGCGCAAAGGCAUCUCCGGCAAAGGACCUGGGAGCGGGGCCAGCGAGGGGCCAGGAGGAGCCUUUGCCCGAAUGUCCGACUCCAUCCCGCCUCUGCCUCCCCCACAGCAGCCACCAGGGGAGGACGAGGACGAGUGGGAAUCCUAGGGGCUCAGCCUCGUGCCCUCACAUGGAAACAGCUAGGAGGGCACCAUGGGGCACUGCCCAGGCCUGUGCCUGGACCGUGUUCAAGGAGCAGGGAGGCUGGCUUCUGAGGGGUGGGGGGGCGCUGGCUCUCUGCCUGUGCUCCACCCCCUUCACCAGCAUGCUCUUCUCUUCUGUAAAGACUCUGAGAUCCAACAGUACACACAUCAAUAAAGAAGUAUAACGCUGAA